ACGGCAUCAGACGGCGGUGAAAAUGGCGACGACGAGCUAGACGCCGCGAGGCGCUGGCUAGCAACUUUCGAUGCCGAGACCAUACCGAAGAGCAUUUGCGAUGUGUCUUUUAGUAGAUCCUCAGGCCCAGGUGGCCAGAAUGUGAAUAAAGUAAACUCAAAGGCUACACUGCGCCUGCCGCUAUCGGCAUUGCUGCCCAUGCUUCCUGCUGUUCUUCGACCUGCAAUAUCAAGAUCACGCUAUUCCGCAAAAGAUGAUUUGGUGAUACAGGCAGAUGACAGUAGGAAACAGAAUGAGAAUUUGCAUCGCUGUUUCAUCAAGCUGCACGAAAUGAUAAAACAAGCAGGACGUGAGGUUGUGCCAGGCGAAACUAGUGCUGAGCAGGCGGAGCGUGUCAAGAAGCUACAAAAAGCAGAAAAUGAAGGCAGGCUUAAGAUCAAAAAGAAGCAUAGUGACAAGAAGAGCGCACGAAGAGGCGGCGGGAAA